CCUUAAAAAAUGAAUAUUUAUAAAUUAAAAGAGGUGGCCAAUCAAAGGCAUCUUCGUGACGUCAUGCGCCAUUGACUCUCUCAUUGGCCGAGGAACUGUUGGCAGCGUGCAGCACUGUUUGAAUUCGUACGUGUUCGAAGAUCUCACAACUACGGGUUUUGUCUAGCGCUCUUGAUCUUAUAUUUUGUGGACAUGCGGCACAAUAAAUCAGCUCACAGACGAAAGCCUUCGACUCCCAGGCGCAGAUCUCCUCCGGAACAGCGACCCUCGCCGUCAACAUCCCGAGCCCGGCGCAACAGCGGACCCUCCGAAGCAUCCCCACGCAAGAAACAUAGGUUUCGCCCUGGCACUCGAGCUCUCAUGGAGAUACGCAAAUAUCAGAAGUCUACUGAUCUGUUGCUGCGCAAGGCCCCGUUUUCACGGCUGGUUCGAGAGGUGUGUCAGACAUUUAGCAGAGAACACAUGAUGUGGCAAGGAUAUGCUCUAAUGGCUUUACAGGAGGCUGCAGAAGCAUUCAUGGUUCGCUUGUUUUCUGAUGCCAACCUCUGCGCUAUUCAUGCAAAAAGGGUGACACUGUUUCCACGAGACAUACAACUCGCCCGGCGAAUCAGAGGAGUUGAAAAUCUGUGAAGUCCGAUAUUCUGUCUUUUGUUUCUUUCUUUUUUUAAUAUUUCAUUAAUUUCUGUAAAGACGAAAAUGUAUGGACACUUUCUAUAUUUGGUGGCAUGAAAUCCGUUUUUCAUUCAAAUGUUUAAAUGGUUGCAUGUACGCAGUCAAAGAAACCAAAUGUUCAUAUGGCAUUGUAGUGCAUUGACCAAUUUUUUUUAUUUUUUUACAAUUGUAAUAUAAAACAUUUUAUUGUGUUGUGAAGUUGCAAAGAUGAUGUUUGUUCUGAUGAUGUUUACCAAUAAUAAACCGAUAUUUGCAGUAGUGCA